AUGGAAAAGCAUCGAAACGAGAGCAGCAUCCGCUCUCACAUUUUGCUGCCCUUAGUGCAGUUUAGUAAGAGUUAUACGUUCAAUCGGUUUACUUGCAAAUUUGUAUCACGAUUUGUCACUGCAUAUUUCGGGAAAACGAGAUUUUUGUUCUAGAGCGAAAAGUAUUAUAAUUUAAGUUCUUUGUAUACAAGUUAAUUAUCUCCAAAAUGGACGUCGAAAACAGCAACAAUUCGUCAUUUAAACCAGGACCAAGUAAACCUGUGGUUGAUCCAACGACGGGUGAAGUGAUUCCGAACGUAAACACCUACCAGCAGAAGAAGAACCUAGCCCAGGGUAUGAUGGAUUUGGCGUUGGUUUCCGCCAACGCCAAUCAGCUGCGCUAUGUGCUGGAGUCUUUCACGCGCCAUCCAUACUACUACUUCAGUUUGAUCUUCAUUUCGGUUAGUUUAAUAAUACAGAUAGCGGUCGGCAUCGGACUGAUCAUGAAUAGCCGGUACGACGUGAACGACAGGCGCGAAAUUUGCAAAGCGAACAAAAUCAACGAUUUAGUCACGAUCGGCAUCUUUCUGAUAACGCUGGUCAAUGUGCUGAUAUCGGCGUUCGGAGUGGCUCCUAAAGUGGACUGAAUGCUAAUGUGGAGGAUUGUGAAUUUGGUUUGUGUUCAAGUGUGAUUUUUGCUCACAGGUUAGGUUAAUAAUAUAUAUAUAUAAUAUAUA